GCUGUAAAAGCAAUCAUUUCUCCUUUUCUCAGGCUGCAUUCUUGAAGCCAUUGAGAAAUACUGUGAGAGCUGUGAUUGGUCACAGCUUGUCACAUGGUACAAGACUGUUGUGAAUAGCCUUGUAUCAGAUUUCACUAGUAGUAAGCAAUGAUGUCAGGAAGUGACAUCUUGCUUUCUACGAUUCAUGUGAUCACCGAUUGGCCAAUCAGUGAUCACAUGAUCGGGACCUCACGGCGAUCGGUGUUCAGUGCCGCACGCUCCCAGGGAGUGUGCACAGGCUGUAAAUGCGGGCGCUGUUUAUGAACGGGAACGCACUCCUGCACUGCUCCUGUUUGGCCGUUUAUGUACAUGGGGCCGAACGGGAAGUGGUUAA